AUGUCAUCCUUGUUGGACUUUGGUGAAUUGGAUUACGUCAAUCCCGAAAGAGAGACUCAUCCAACCUCGCACAACAACAAACGAGAAAACUUUAACGAAUUUUCGAAUGAAACUGCCGAGGGAGUUGGACAUCAACAACAACAACAACAUGAUGAUGACAGAGGUUAUUUUCCUCCGAUGAGUAGUGGCAGUUAUGAAGGAGCUUCUUCCAAUCCCAAUGAAACACUAUUUCAAUUCAUAAACCAAUACAUGCAAGAUGAAGAGCAUUAUAACCAUCAUGAAAAUCAAGAUAGCUCCGUAGUGGUGAUUGAUGUUAAUGAAAAAGCAAAGCAGUCAUUACUCAACGAAAAGAAAAAGAAAAAAGAACGAGCCGUUGUUGUGGAUAAAGUUGAAUAUGGCAGUGAUGGAAAUCAUGAUUCCAAUGAAAAAACAGACUACAUAUUGACCAUUUAUGUGAAACGAUUAUCGAUUGAUUUAGUAACGCACAUUUUUUCAUUUCUCCCUGUUUCCACAUCGACACUGCUAUCAAAGGCCUUUGAAAAAUCUUUUGAUUCAACAAACUAUCGACUACUUUAUCAAUUUGUGUAUAAUCAUUUUUAUUCAGUGCAGCAUGAUCAAGUUUACAAAAAACUUGAUACUUCCUGGAGAGAGACAUUAUUGGGAUUGGUUUUGCUUCAAUACCGAGAAAAGGAAAAGGUGUUGGACGCCAAAUUUCCACACGCUUCAGCAAAACUCUCUCAGCCAUUUGGCUUUAUUGAAAAUAACAAACUCAUUUCAAUGCCAUCUCUUGAUGCAUACACAACCAAGAAAUACAAAUUCACUGUUAUUACUUACGAGAAAUAUAACACUAAAGACAUACUAACAGAGUUUAAUAAGAAGAACCAUUCCUCAAUUUUGAUCGACGAUGUACAUACGGUUCAAUACGAAAUGAAUUUUGUGGGAUAUUUAAUACCAAGUGCACACGAUUUUUCCCUUUUUGCAGAAGUAGAUGCUAUCAUUUUGACCUACAAUGUUUUGGAUUUCAAUUUAUUUUACACUCUUUCAUCUUGGAUUAAUUUAUUGGAGAUGGUAGCUCCUGAAAUACCUGUAAUACUAGUUGGAACUCAUGCCAAUUUACGGAAAAACAGUCAUAUUUUAUCUCAAUUAAAAGAUCAAAAGAAAUAUGUCAUGAGAGCGAUGGACUGUGUGCAAUUGGCAAAAAGAUUUAAUAUUCUUUCGUAUUUUGAAAUAGAUGCUUUUCCUCACAUUGGAAAAGAUUGGAGUUUUGCUUCUCACAAGAAUGAUGAUGAUUCUCCACAAGAAAGUGAUUGUCAACUGUCAACAAACCAAGAAUCAACACAACAAGAAGAAAAAGAAGAAUAUUCUUCAAAUCAUGAGCAAGAUGCAGCCAUUGAUGAAACACCUCACAUUGACAGUAUUAACGAUAUUUUACAUUUAGACAAGCCAUCCAUGUCCUUAAUCGAAAUGCCACCUGAAUUAUCUCAACAAAUUUAUCACAUCAUUCGUGGAUCAGCCAUUGCCUCUCACCUCUUUCAAAAACAUCACAAUAGUUUGUAUUGGAAUUUAUGGAAUGCUACUUCCUCUCUCUAUAGAGAGUGUAUACCAUCAACCAAAUGUACUCUUCAAUAA